CGAUACCAUUCGCCUGCAGAGGGGUGUUAAGACGUCAGGUUCCCGCGCCGCCUGUCUGCACUCGGGCUGGGAGCGGUGGAGAUCAGGCAGGGCUCAUAGGAGGUGGCAGAGCCGAGAUGUGCGGGCUGGGAUCGCAGAGCUGCCAUUUCCUACAGUAAGCCAUUGGAAGAGAUCCCCCCCUGCUCUCCGGUGCCGUUGGUUGGGGUCUGGGUGUGGCGGAUCGCGGGGCCGUGUGAUACAGGCAGAAGGAGGCCGCCGCUACUAACGUGAUCCGGGCAGAAGAGGCGGCGGGGAGUGGACAGACGAGCCGGAGGCGGCGGGCCAGGGACGGACCCAUUCUUGCAGUUGGUGGCCAAGGUGUGAAGUAGUUGCACGUUACCAGAAUGAGUGAGUUGGAACAGUUACGGCAAGAAGCGGAGCAGCUCCGGAAUCAAAUAAGAGAUGCCAGGAAGGCAUGCAGCGACACAACUCUGGUUCAGAUCACGACGAGUUUGGACUCCGUAGGUCGGAUCCAGAUGCGAACUCGGCGCACAUUGCGAGGUCACCUAGCUAAAAUUUAUGCCAUGCACUGGGGUUCAGACUCGAGGCUAUUAGUCAGUGCAUCUCAAGAUGGAAAAUUAAUUAUCUGGGACAGUUAUACAACCAAUAAGAUGCAUGCUAUUCCUCUGCGGUCAUCCUGGGUAAUGACUUGUGCUUAUGCUCCAUCUGGAAAUUACGUAGCUUGUGGAGGUCUAGACAACAUCUGCUCCAUUUACAAUCUGAAAACGAGAGAAGGCAAUGUACGAGUGAGCAGAGAGCUGCCAGGUCACACAGGUUACCUUUCAUGCUGCCGUUUUCUAGAUGACAACCAAAUCGUUACAAGCUCUGGAGACACAACUUGUGCAUUGUGGGAUAUAGAGACCGGACAGCAGACCACGACCUUCACAGGGCACACUGGAGAUGUGAUGAGCUUGUCUCUGAGCCCUGACAUGAGGACUUUUGUCUCUGGCGCUUGUGAUGCUUCUUCUAAGCUGUGGGACAUCCGUGAUGGAAUGUGCAGGCAGUCGUUUACAGGACACGUGUCCGAUAUUAAUGCAGUCUGUUUUUUCCCCAAUGGGCAUGCCUUUGCCACCGGCUCUGACGAUGCGACAUGUAGGCUGUUUGACCUGCGUGCAGACCAGGAAUUGAUGAUGUAUUCGCAUGACAACAUCAUUUGCGGUAUCACAUCAGUAGCAUUCUCUAAAAGUGGUCGUUUGUUACUAGCGGGAUAUGAUGACUUCAACUGCAACGUAUGGGACACUUUGAAGGGUGAACGAGCAGGGGUCCUUGCUGGUCAUGACAACCGAGUGAGCUGUUUAGGCGUAACUGACGAUGGCAUGGCUGUAGCUACAGGGUCUUGGGACAGUUUUCUCAGAAUCUGGAAUUAACUUGGGCAAAGAUAGCUGAUCUUGUUAAUUCUCCACCGAGAUCUGGAGAGGUCAAUGCUGCAGCCUAUAGCUGUGAAAUAACAUUUCUACCUUGUAUUUGCAGGUGAAGUUUUUCUAUUCACUGAUUAUUAUUACACAAAAAAAAGGCUUUCUUUAAACUAGUAAAAAAUCAAGUUGAGGUCAUAAAGGGUUCAAAGGGGGAGAGAGCACUGGUGACUAUUUCAAAGGGGCUAGCACACAGGAUCAUGGUGACCGAGAGCCUAGGAGCCAGUCUUUAUUUUGUGGCUUGGUUAAGUUGUUUUAACCCUUUUGCUGCUAGAAAAGUCAGUUUUGCAUUGUAGACCUUUACAGCAGCCACACGGUUAAAGGAUUUCUGCUUUGUGCUCAAAGUCUGCUGAGUCUGUACCUGUUUUUAUUUUUUAUUUUUUUUAAUUAUUAUUUUUGUACAUACCUGAAUGUACACACUAUAGCAGCCGAUCAUGUAAUGUUUGUAUGUAAAAAAAAAAAAA